UUUAAUUUUGAAAAUAGUAAAAAAUAUAAUAACGUUACUGAAUUCCUCCUUCAUUCUUCCUCCUCCUUCCUCUCCUCCUACUCACACAGCCUGCUCAUCUCUCAACUCAAACUUCACAUAAGGAAAAGAGACAAGAUUUUUAUUUGUUUCAGAUUAGGGUUUGGACUUGAGGUUCAAGUAGGGGUCUGGCUUUUUAGAGUUAAUUUAUAUCAGUAAACAAUCGUAAGCUCAAGAGAAAGGAAUAAAGAUUGUGGAUGGAAGGAAGGAGAAUAUCGGCGAAUCCAAGGCCGUGUUCGGGAAGAAGAGUAUUAGCAAAGAAAAGGCAACGGUCAAAUGGGUUAAUGAACACUGUUAAAAAGCUUCAGCGACGCGAGAUUUCUUCUAAACCAGAUCGCGCUUUUACUAUGAGUAAUGCUCAGGAACGAUUCCGCAAUAUGCGUUUAAAGGAGGAAUAUGAUACACAUGAUCCCAAAGGCCAUUGUUCAGUAGUACUGCCUUUUUUGAUGAAGAGAACCAAAGUUAUUGAGAUUGUGGCCGCUCGUGACAUUGUCUUUGCUCUUGCUCAUUCCGGUGUUUGUGCAGCUUUUAGUAGAGAGACAAAUCAGAGAAUUUGUUUUCUGAAUGUGAGUCCUGAUGAAGUCAUUCGAAGCUUGUUCUACAAUAAAAAUAAUGAUUCCCUCAUAACAGUUUCAGUUUAUGCUUCAGAUAACUUUAGCUCGUUGAAGUGUAGAUCUACUAGGAUUGAGUACAUAAAAAGGGGCAAGCCAGAUGCUGGUUUUGCUCUUUUUGAGUCCGAGUCAUUGAAGUGGCCGGGGUUUGUAGAAUUUGAUGAUGUUAAUGGGAAGGUUUUAACCUACUCUGCCCAAGACAGUGUAUACAAGGUUUUUGACCUUAAGAACUACACGAUGCUGUACUCUAUAUCGGAUAAACAUGUACAAGAAAUCAAGAUCAGUCCAGGUAUCAUGUUAUUGAUUUUCAAUAGAGCAAGUAGCCAUGUACCUCUUAAGAUUUUAUCAAUAGAAGAUGGCACAGUUCUCAAAGCCUUCAACCAUUUACUUCAUCGGAAUAAGAAGGUGGACUUCAUUGAACAAUUUAAUGAAAAGCUUCUUGUCAAGCAGGAAAACGAGAAUCUCCAGAUUCUUGAUGUUCGAAAUGCUGAGCUAAUGGAAGUUAGCAGAACUGAGUUCAUGACUCCCUCUGCAUUUAUCUUUCUCUAUGAGAAUCAGUUGUUCUUAACUUUCAGAAAUAGAACUGUUGCUGUCUGGAACUUCCGUGGGGAGCUUGUCACGUCAUUUGAGGAUCACCUGUUAUGGCACCCUGACUGUAACACAAAUAAUAUAUACAUUACGAGUGAUCAGGAUCUUAUUAUUUCUUACUGUAAAGCUGAGACUGAAGAGCAAUGGAUGGAAGGAAGCGCGGGGUCUAUCAAUAUUAGCAACAUCUUGACAGGAAAGUGCUUGGCUAAAAUUAAUGCUGGCAAUGGUGGUCCAAAGGGUGGUGAAUGCAGCAGCAGCAGCAGUAUUGGCUGCUCGAAACAGAGUUGCUCUUCCAUGCGAAGUACAGUUGCUGAGGCACUGGAAGACAUAACUGCUCUUUUCUAUGAUGAAGAGCGAAAUGAAAUCUAUACUGGUAAUAGGCAUGGGCUGGUUCAUGUAUGGUCUAACUGAAGUUGCAACAUGUUUUAUCAUUUUGAUAUGGAUGUUACAAAUCUGCACCUAGAGGAUAUUCCAUCAUGUCUGCAAUGAGAUCUAUACCCCUAGUUGAUGUGGGCUGGUUCAUGUAUUGGCAUAUUGAAGAGCAGAAUGAAUCAUGUUGACCUGAGUGCUAUGAUUCCACAAUUUGACGGUCUGUCAUGCCUGCACAAGCUCGAAGCUGAUGUCUGCAUAGCAUUCCAUUAAAUUGCUUCAGAAUGAAGAUUGAGUUGUACCAUUAGAUAAUUGUAGUUCGUUGUGUAGCAAUCUGUAGAUUCUUACAAUUGGGGUUUCUUAGGGUAUCUGUUUGAGAUGCCAAAGAAGGGUUUAAAUUUGUCAAAGCCUGAAGACUAUUCAGAUUAUGCUAUAUGUAACAUUACUUUGUAUUCUGUCUGCCAAGUAAACAAGAUGUUUGCUUGUUAACUAUAUCUCUCUGCCACUAGUGAGGAUAAUGUGCUCAAAAUUUGUGGUUGGCAAGGAAAUCUGACAAAAACUAAAUUCAUACUUGGAGAAGUACCCAUAUGGGCUCGAGUCUGUAAAUCUUUUUCGAAUAUACUGUCUCAUACAUUCAGUUA